CUCAGAGUGGGGCGCUACUAUUGAGUCAGUCGAAAAGAAACGAUACUUGAGAUUUUAUCUUUUCUUAUGAAUUUAAUCCGCUCAAUUCGGUGGCAGUCUGCCGAUCCCACUAAGUAAUACAAAAUCAGUGCGCUAAAUUGGUUCAUUCAAAGAUUUCACCAAGUAUUAUUUUCAAAAGUUGAUCUUCAUUCUAGCUGUUCUAAGGAAACAAAGGUAAGUGUGUGAUACGAGGACAACCGUCAGAAAAAUGGAGUUAAAAAUUUUCAUCACUGUCUUUCUUGUUUGUGGGACCUCAAUGCUCAUUUCAUGCGAGGCGCGUUCAGCUGAUCUAAGGAACGAAGCUGUAAUCCACCCAGAAUUAAUGAAAGAAGUUGGAUUAAAGGAUUGGAUGUUCGAGCGACUAAUCAAAAAAGCUCUGGAAGCCUUCAAAAGACUCAUGAAGAAAGGAGACGCCAGUAAAAAUAUUCCAGUACUAGACCCAUUGUACACGGCCGCAGACACGGCGUAUUAUAAUUCAAAUGAUGGCGUUUUUGAAUUCAAAAUGGAGAGUAAGAAUGUCACGACGACAGGGCUGUCCGAGUUUGUUGUCAACCAUGUCUCGGCGAGUAUGUUCAGCUUAAAGGCUGAUUUAGACCUGACGUUCACAAACAUCAACAGAAAAGGAACGUACAAAGCCAAAGCUUCUCUAUUUCAAGACGUCGAUGUAUUUUAUGGAGACGGAUCAUUAGAUGAGAGCGUUUCAAACUUAAACAUUUUGCUCCACUUACACUUUGGUCUCAGCCUUAAUAAAAUACUAUACGUCAAAGAAGUCGGUGUCAAAUUCAAUGUGCAGCAGGGCUCGGUGAAUUUGGAUGGACUUCUGAACAACAGCAAAUUAGGGAAGACCGUGAAUAAAAUUCUUUCAGAUGGAGGAGCAAAUUUCGUAAAUAAAAAUAGAGAAAGAAUCCAACCUCACAUAAAUGAAGCUGUCAAGACUAGAGUAUCGCACCUCAUCGAUGGAAUGACACUGCCAGAAUUGAUUCAGUUUUUGGAAGCUCUAAUCAACGCGUAAAAUAAACCAUUGAGUUUGAAGUAUUUAACUUGGAAGAAGGGCCAACAAUUUUUUAGAGCCGGUCACGUUCUCAUGUGAUAGAAAAGGAGGAGAGAGCGACACUAUUUACGUGAAAAUCAACAAAAUAAAUGUAUUCAAAAUUGACCAAUAAACUGUUUUUAAAAUCCCA